CUGUUUUUGAGGGCUUUCCUGCCGUGACAAUUGCACGGAUAGGAACCACAGCCCUGUAUCCUUGUGUGACUGGAUAUCCCUCCCUUGUGCGCACCAAAAGAAAAUGUCUUCUUCGCCCUAUAGGCCGCACCCAUUGCGGCAAUCGCAAACCGCCGACUACGCCGUCUUUCGACAGCCUUCAAAUGCAUCUUCAUCAGCAUCCUCGGGUUAUUCUAACGCCUCCUCCGGGGCCUACGAAUUCGGUCGGAGCUCCAUGGCGUCCUCGCCGUCCAGCAUCUAUUCCAGCUAUGGCCACAAGCGCGGCAUGAGCGAGGUCGCCCGCCGGCCACUCCCGCUCACUACGUCGCAUACUCAACCCCCUGCGCCGACGCCCGAGAACAUAUACCAUGCUGCUCGCCAAUCGCUCAGGCCGUUACCCCAGCUCCCUCGCCCGACAACACCACCUCGCGCCCCCGCUUCCGUUCCCGCACUCCCUCGCCACGACCGCGGCCACAGUCUUGACAUUGGGAAGCUAUCGAUCGCCGACAAUGGACGAACAUCACCUACUCCCCUGACCCCGCCUACUCCUUCUCAUCGCUCAUCUGUCCGUCCCACUUCGAUGCUUUUAACACGCUCGGACACAGUGCGCCGCGGCAGCGAUCCCCCACCUCUCGUCCAUGCGCACACGGCACCUCUCUCUAGGCCAGAUCUCGAAAUGCUUGGCCGUUCCUCGACAAAUCAACUGCGCACUCUAUCCAAGCUAGCACAGUCCGAUUCUGCCGAGGAAUUUGCCAUUACUGCUCCAGCUCAGGAAGUCGUCGGUCUGCGAGGUCGUCGGAGAUUGCAACGGACCGACAAAGCCGGGUCCAAUCGUCCAGCGCAACGAACUGGAGGUUAUGGCUGGGAGGGCCGGAACUGGAUGGACAAACAGCGCCAGUUCCUCCAGGCCUAUGAGUAUCUUUGCCACAUCGGUGAAGCCAAAGAGUGGAUCGAGGACGUGAUUCAGCGCACGAUUCCGCCUAUCGUGGAGCUGGAGGAGGCACUGAGAGAUGGUGUCACGCUUGCGGAGGUCGUCGAAUCUCUCAACCCCCAUCGUCGAUUCAAAAUCUUCCGCCAUCCACGGCUCCAAUAUCGACAUUCAGACAAUAUCGCCAUAUUCUUUCGUUACCUGGAUGAAGUAGAACUUCCGGACUUAUUUCGAUUCGAGCUCAUUGACCUAUACGAGAAGAAGAAUAUCCCAAAAGUCAUCCACUGUAUCCAUGCAUUGAGUUGGCUACUCUACCGGAAAGGCAUAGUAGCCUUCCGUAUCGGAAAUCUCGUUGGACAGCUGGAGUUCGAGCACCAUGAGCUGGAGGCUACGCAGAAGGGCCUCGAUAAGCUGGGUGCUAAUAUGCCUAGCUUCGGCAACAUGGGAGCCGACUUUGGGGUUGAGGAGGCUCCGGAAACCCCGGAGCCUGAAGAGACCGAGGAGGAGAGGAUUGAUAGGGAGCUCGCUGAGAAUGAGGCAACAGUGGUUGACUUACAGGCACAAAUCCGCGGCGCCGCACUUCGGAUGCAGCUGGGCGAGAUCAUGCAGCACCUCUGGGAUUCCGAGGAUUGGUUGGUCGAUCUUCAGGCGCGUAUCAGGGGCGACUUCACGCGCCAAAUCAUGGGCUAUCGGCUCGAGAGGAGACGCUUCGCCAUCGGACUGCAAAGCGCCGCGCGUGGGUUCCUUGUCCGCCAACAGCUCGAGAUGAGACGUUUCGCCAUUCGACUGCAAAGCGCCGCACGCGGGUUCCUCGUCCGCCAGCGUCAAGCAGGGACACAGCGGGUCUGGAAGAGCGUAGAAGGCGAUAUCCUCAAGUUCCAGAGUUUGGUGCGGGCAAGGAAGGCCCGCAACGAGGUACAAGAUCAGCGUUCUCAGUUAGCGGUGGCCGCAGGUCCCAUUCGAAGCAUCCAGGCAACUCUACGGGGCUUUCUGCUCCGAAAGCAAAUGGAUGCCCAGGAGCAGGAAGUGAAGCACACAACUGCCCCGGUGGCUGGACUCCAGGCCGCAGUUCGCGGACUGCUGCUGAGAAAGAAAUUGGGGGAGGACCAGAGGGAGCUGCAGAUGCAAACCGGCGUCAUCACUAGCUUGCAGGCCGCCGCCAGAGCUGCCCUAGCAAGGAAUGAGGUUGCAUUGCAGAAGGACGCUCUUGAAAGCCUAGGUCCUCUCUGGCAGUCUCUUCAAGCCGCCUGCCGUGGAAACCUUGCUAGACAGGAGGUUGAUACGCUCAAGGCGGAACUGGGACAGCAUUCGCCUAGCCUGGGAGUUCUCCAAGCGCACAUCAGGGCCGCUGCUGUGCGCAGAGAAAUAUCAGAGAAGCUCGAGGGUCUAGAAGAUGCCGAGGAUGAAAUCGUGGAGCUGCAAUCCGCAAUCAGGGGCAUGCUGGAACGGAACCGUGUCUCUGACCUCCUAGAAGCGCUGGAUGCGGAGGAGGCCUUUGUUACUCAACUCCAAUCCCACAUUCGUGGCUUCCUCUCCCGGCAACAGCAACAAGAAUUUCUCGAGGAGCUCGAGACAACCGAGGAGGAAGUAUCCACAUUCCAGUCCCUCGCAAGGGCAAUGCUCCUUCGCGAGAGUGUUGCCAGAGUGCUCGACGAGCUUGAGGAGAACGAGGAAUCGAUCGGCGAGGUUCAGGCUGCAGCAAAGGCCUUUAUUGUCAGGGCGAGAUUCGAGGAGAAGAAACGGCAUUACAAUGAGAACAUGCAGAAGGUGGUCAAGAUCCAGAGCUUCGUCCGCGCCAAACUCCAGGGGGAGGCCUACAAGAGCCUCACGUCCGGCAAGAAUCCGCCAGUCAACGCUGUCAAGAACUUUGUGCACCUGCUCAACGAUAGCGAUUUUGACUUCAACGAAGAGGUUGAGUUUGAGCGGCUCCGCAAGACGGUGGUCCAACAGGUCCGCCAGAACGAGAUGCUGGAGCAGUACAUCGACCAGCUGGACAUCAAGAUUGCCCUUCUCGUGAAGAAUAAAAUCACCCUGGACGAGGUUGUCAGGCAUCAGAGCAACUUCGGGGGGCACGCCGUGAGCCUCCUCGCCAACAGCUCCAUCGCCAGUGUCAACCAGUUCGAUCUCAAGGCGCUGAACAAGAGUUCCAGGAAAAAGCUCGAAUCCUACCAGCAGCUGUUCUUUAUGCUUCAAACACAGCCCCAGUAUCUGGCCAGGCUGUUCAAGCGGCUGCGUGAGCAAGGAACCGCCGAGAAGGAGUGCAAGCGGAUUGAGCACCUUAUGAUGGGUCUCUUCGGUUACGCGCAGAAGCGGAGAGAGGAGUACUACCUUCUGAAGCUCAUCGGGAGGUCCAUCCGGGAAGAGGUUGAUGCCUGCAAAACCAUCCAGGACUAUCUCCGCGGCAACUUCUUCUGGUCGAGGCUUGUGCACAACUACACCAGGUCCCCGCGCGACAGGAAGUAUCUUAGGGAUCUGCUCGGUCCCCUGAUCCGAGACAACAUCAUUGACGAUGACGAGCUAGACCUGGAGAGCGACCCCAUGCAGAUCUACCGGUCCGCCAUCAAUAACGAGGAACUGAGAACCGGUCGGCCCAGCACCCGGCCGCUGGAUAUUCCACGAGAGCUCGCCAUCAAGGAUCCAGAGACGAAGGCAGUCUUCAUUGAUCAUCUGCGCGACCUCCGAGAGAUAUGCGAUCAAUUCCUCGUGGCCCUGGAAGACCUGCUCCCUCGCAUGCCGUAUGGUCUCCGAUUCGUGUGCCGGCAGGCUUUCGAAGCUCUUUCACAGCGGUUCAAGCAGGAACACCGGGAGCGUCUGUUGCAGGUAAUCACGAACUGGAUCUGGAAGUUCUAUCUCCAGCCGGCUGUGACGACGCCCGAGCAUGUGGGUGUGAUGGACAAGCAGUUAAGUCCACUGCAGAAGCGCAACCUGGGAGAAGUCGCAAAGGUCCUCGGUCAGAUUGCAUCGGGCAGACAGUUCGGCGGAGACAAUAUCUACCUUCAGCCUCUCAAUGCGUUCGUCGCCGACUCCAUUGAGCGAUUGGCCCAGCUAACCGAAAGCCUCAUUGCCGUUCCGGACGCGGAACGCACCUUCGACAUUGACGAGUUCAACGAUCUGUACGCCAAGAACAAGCCGACCCUGUACAUCAAGAUGGCCGACAUCUUCGCCAUCCACAGCCUCAUCGCCGCGGAACUGCCACACCUGAGCCCGAAUCGGGACGACAUGCUGCGUGAGAUCAUGCAGGACCUUGGCAGCGCAAAGCACAACGAGAGUGAGAUGACGGCAGCAGGCUCGUCGGAUAUCCAGCUAUUCCUGACACCGAAACUGCACGACCUCGAGGAUCCCGACGCGGAUAUCAAGGCGCUCUUCAUGGAGACGAAGCGAUGCAUUCUGUACAUUAUCCGUGUGCAGACUGGCGCGAACCUCAUGGAGAUCCUCGUCAAGCCCAUCACGCCCGAGGACGAGCACAAGUGGGCCAUGCUGCUGCGGGAGGACUUUGCUAGCGGCUCCAACACCCGCGGGGCCUACUCGGACGCAAACAUGGUCGACGUGACCCGGAUGUCCUACUACGACCUGAAGCGGAUGGCCCUGGAGAACGUGAUGAGACUGGAGCAGAUGGGCCGCAUCUCUCGACACAACCACUACCAGGAUGUUUUGAAUGCCAUCGCGCUCGACAUCCGCACAAAGAGCCGGCGGAGGGUGCAGAGACAGCGCGAGCUUGAAGGGGUCCGUCUGACACUAGCCAACCUGCACGAGAAGGCCAAGUACCUCGAGCAGCAGCGGAAGAGCUACGAUGACUACAUUGAACAAGCGAUGGCAACGCUGCAGAACAAGAAAGGCAAAAAACGAUUCCUCCUCCCCUUCACCAAACAAUACAACCACCAGCGCGAGCUCGAACGCUCCGGGCGCGUCCCCAAGUUCGGGUCCUACAAGUACAGCGCCCGCGCCCUCUCGGACAAGGGCGUGCUCGUGUCAUGGAAGGGCAUCCCCGAGCGCGACUGGGGCCAGAUCAACCUGACCAUCUCGUGCGACGAGGUGGGCGUCUUCAGCAUCGAGGGCAGCCGCGGACACAUCCAGAUGCCCGGCGCGAGCGCGCUCGUAUCGAUCGAGGACCUGCUGCAGGCGCAGUUCGAGGCGCACCAGUUCAUGAAUCUCUUUGAGGGCAACUUGAGGUUGAAUGUUAAUUUAUUGUUGCAUUUGUUGUAUAAGAAGUUUUAUCGGACGCAGUAAGGCGAGGCCCUCUUCAUGAGGACCGAAAGGGUGGGGUUGGGUUCGGGAUGGAAGAGGUCGAGGUUGAAGACGGAGACCCUCGUGGUCGAUGGGAGGUUUGAGCGUGAAAGACGAGAGAGAUGUUCAAGUUCUGUUGGGAUACCUAGAUAGACUUUUCUCUUGUUUCCGUUUUUCAUUUCAUAUGUUUUUGCGUCUGAGUGACGGUCACUCCGUCCCACGGACACGGUAUUUGGGCUGAGGGAACGCAACGCAACGAUGGUGGUGGAGUUUUCCUUGUUGGCUUGACUGUCUGAUGUGGCGCGGAGGACUGGGGAUCGGGCUUGGUCGAGGAGUGUUCGGAGGGAAUAAAGGAUGAGGAAUGAGGGAUGACUUGAGAUACGGG